AUGUCUAUAUAAAAAAAGUUUAUUUAUAUCGAAGACUCUCUAUUUCAUAAUUUCACUCUUAGAAAUGUCAUCAAGCUUCUAAAGCUAGUCUUUACAAUAUUUGUCUUUUCUCAUUUAUUUGCUUGUGGUUGGAUAUUCACAGGAAGAUAAAAUGAUUAACAAAGUUGGAUCAUUAAAAAUAAUCUUUAAAAUUCAGAAUGGAGCGAUGUUUAUGUGAGGGCAAUUUAUUUUGCCUUAGUAACCAUGAAUACAAUAGGUUAUGGUGAUAUAACCGCUAUUAACAAUGAGGAAAUUAUUUUUUGUUCUAUAGUUAUGAUAUUAGCUUGUGGUAUGUUUGGAUAUUCUUUGAAUCAAAUAGGUAGAAUAUUUGAGAUUCUAUUUAGAGAUUCUGACUGCUUAAGAGAAAACAUAGCUAUAAUGAAUACUUACAUGAAGUAAAAGCAGAUAUCAUAAUCACUUUAAUUCUAAAUAAGAUAAUAUCUCUAAUAUUACUGGAACGAAAGCAAGGCUAUUGAAAAAAGAUAGUAAAAUGACCUGAUUAAUGCACUUUCUAGAUAACUAUAGCAAUAGUUACAAGUGGAUGCAAAUAAGUUAGUUCUGAAAGAUGUGAAUAUUCUUUCUUAAAAUUUUAGUUAGGAUUUGCUAAAAUAAACAGUGAAUAUAAUCAAAGAACUCAAUUCAACUCCUGAUGAAAUAAUUUUUUCUGAAGGUGAAUAUAGUGAUUAAAAUGGACUUUACUUUAUAGAAUAAGGGAAAUGUGAAUUGUUUUUAAAUAAAAGCAGCACAAACCAACCUAUAAAAAUACUUAAUAAGGGUGAAUACUUUGGUUCAUAUGGCUUUUUUACUGGUAGUUAGAGGUUGUGUGGGGUUAGAAGCAUAGGAUUUUGCACACUUCUAUAUAUUACAAGAGAUGAUUUUUUAUUCUUGUGUAAACAGCAUUUUCUUGAUUAUGAAAAAUUUUGCUUCAUAAAAGAUACCUUACAAUUUGAAGGAAAUUUUAAUAUUUUAAAUGAAGCUUGCUAUUAAUGCAAAUAAACGGAUCACACAUUUAAAGAGUGUCCUUCAACAAAUUUUUACAAAAAGCAGGAUUACAUAAAAUUUAUGAUAAAAGAUUCAGCACAUAAAUAAAUUAGCAGGACUCCUAAAUAAAGAAAUACUUUAAAAUUUCGUAAAACAUUAUAAAAUUUUAAUUUAAUUAAUAAUGAAAUGAGUAGUUAUUAACGAAACAAAAAUAAAGAAUUACAAUAGUAUAUUGAUGAUAAUUUCGUAAAUGCUCUAUAAGAUUUAUUUGAUUCUGAGUGUUCUGAUGAAGAAGAUGAAGGUAGUUCAUUUUAAUCAUCAAUAUAUUAAUAUACUGAAAGCAGAAAAAAUCGUGAUAAUCUUUCAAUUUUUUCAAAAAGUGAAAAAGGAAAUAAGGAUGAAAAAAAUUUAUCUGAAUCGACUCAGUAAAAAGAAAUUUAUGCUGAAUUAGAACCUAAAACAUCAACCUCUACAAUUUCCUAAAAUUAAUAAACUGAAUAAGAAAAUAAUAAUUACAUAAAUCCUAAAAAAAUAGUCAAGCAGCUCUCUACAUCAAAGUAUUUUAAAAGACUAGUUUAAUAAUAAAUAGACAAUCAAAUAAAAAUUAUAACUUAAGAUAUUGAUGAGCCAAGUUUUAAAUUUACAGAGAGUUAAACAACAAAUAGUAUUGAAAACAAAAUAAAUUUACUUAAUAAAUCGUAAAAAUUAAAAAAUAAGCCUUCUAAUCGAAACAAAAUGGUUAGUAAAGUUAAAAAAAUAAUGAAUGUAACUGCUUUAUUCAAAAAAAAAGAAGAAUGUUAAAUUCAAGAUAAUUCCUAAAAUUAAUAGUUAGAAUUUCAAAAACAGUAGAAAGCAAGUAAUUAAAUAACGCUGUAUCUUUUAAAAUAAAAAAAUUUAAAAGAAGAAACCUCUUAUACUGAUUAGUAUAUUUAAAAUGAAUUUGAACACUUGUACAAAUUUAAACUGUAUUAUCCAAAAAAUAACUUUGACAAUGUUAUUUAAAAUUAUAACAUUAAAAACAUAGAAAAAAAUUUGUAAAAUGAGAAGAAUAAACCUUAGAACGAAAAUAAAAAAAAGUUUUUAAACAAAAUGGAAUUGCAAAUAUAAUUUUAAAGAAAUAUAACUCGCUCUGGCUCGGUUAUUAAUCAAAGUAAAAACCCAGAUGAAAUUUUAGAACUCUUUAAUUAAUAUAGAGAAAUUUAAGUAUAAAAAAGAAAGAGUUAUUUUGCUUCACCAGAGAUACAGCUUUCUCCUAAUGUGCAACUCACCCAAAGCAUUUACAAUUCAUACUAGCAAAUCAACAAAGAAAAUUUCUCAGAUUUAAGUGCUCUUAGAAUGAGCAAUUAUGAGAUAACAAAUAGAACUUAAGUUAAAUCAAUGAAUAAUGUCACAAAUUUAAAUUAUGAAUAACCUGAUACUGAUAAAAUAGAAAAAGUAUAGGAAAGUAAAGAUGAUAGUAUAAUUAAGCAAGAUUCUAAUGUUUAAAUUUAGCAUCUUAACAACUAGACGUUUAGUGCUUAUCCUGUUAAUAUUUGUAGCUAUAAAGAUCACUCUAAAUACUCUAUGUUUUGA